AUGGGUCAUAAACGGAAAUCGCAAGGUGGAGAUGGCGCCAUUGACGUGGCUUACUCAAGCAUCCAAUUAGACCCCUCCGAAAAUAAUAAAGAGCUGGUCGUUGAGCCGGGAAGGAGAAAGUCAAAAUCUUCUCGAGACAGAUUUGUUCUCUACUUAAUACGGAAGCCGAUUGAGGUUACAACGGAAGACCUGAGUCAAGCAAACCUUCCAUUAGAAUCAUGUAUUAACGAAGAGAGCCGGAUUGCAUUAGGAGGUCACGACUUUAUUGUUCGUGGUGCGGGUUUGCCUUCACAAACUUAUCAUAUUCCUGCUAGCGUUAUACAUUCAUCGGAAGGCACUUCUUCAGUAGAAGCAGGUGGUGUCGUCACAGGAUCCUUAGUAAUCUCAAGGGCUGAGUUCCACAAGUCAGAUGACAUUUCUGAAGGUGACGAUGUUGCAUCCGAUCUUCCUCAACACCUUCCCUUGAAGCCGAUUAAGAAGAAAGUUUCUCGAAAAGGGAUCCAUCGUCUACGGCAACGACUGAGCGCCAAUGGAGUAAAGAAGUUCACAUUUAAUCAUGUUUCUAAUUCAAAAGAAAAGUGUUGA